UAUACACUAGUUUAGUAGUCCUCACUUCCCAAAAAUCUCCCCCAAAUUUCCCCACCCAAAUGGAGGGAGUGAAGGUGAAACCCGAAGGCGAACACACCUACCGCCUCCCCGACUUCCUCCAAAGCGUGAACCUGAAACACGUGAAGCUCGGGUACCACUACCUGACAUCCCACCUCCUGACCCUCUGCAUCGCCCCGCUCAUGAUCCUCGUCCUCCUCCACGCCAUGCAGCUGACAUCAGACGACCUCCGCCAGCUCUGGGCCCACCUCCAGUUCCACCUCGUCUCCGUCAUCUCCGCCUCCAUGCUCGCCGCCUUCGCCUCCUCCUUCUACCUCCUCACCCGCCCCCGCCCCGUCUUCCUCCUCGACUACUCCUGCUACCGCCCCCGCGACGACCACAGCCUCCCUCUCCACUCCUUCGUCGACCGCCUCCGCCUCGCCGGCUCCUACGACGACUCCUCCGUCGAGUUCCAACGCAAAAUCUUAGACAAGUCCGGCCUCGGCGACCGCACCCAUCUCCCCGCUGCCAUCCUCAUGAUCCCUCCCUCCCCCUCCAUGAAGGCCGCCCGGGAAGAAACAGAGCAGGCCAUCUUCGCCGCCUUCGACUCCUUGCUUGCCAACACCAAGAUCAACCCCAAGGACAUCGGCAUCCUCGUCGUCAACUCCAGCCUCUUCAACCCCACUCCCUCCUUGUCUGCUGUCAUCGUCAACAGAUACAAGCUCAGAGGCAACAUCAAGACCUUCAAUUUAGGCGGGAUGGGCUGCAGCGCCGGCGUCAUCUCCGUCGAUCUCGCCAAGGACAUGCUCCAGCUCCACCGCAGCACCUACGCCGUCGUCGUCAGCACGGAGAACAUCACGCAGAAUUCCUACCACGGCGUGAAGAAAUCGAUGCUGAUCGCCAACUGCCUCUUCAGAGUCGGCGGCGCGGCCAUUCUCCUCUCCAAUAAGUCCUCCGACAAAAGGAGAUCCAAGUACGAGCUGGUGCACGUGGUGCGCACGCAUAAGGGGGCGGACGACAAGGCGUUCCGGUGCGUGUACCAGGAGGAGGACGAGGAGGGCAAGACGGGGAUUUCCUUAUCCAAGGAUCUGAUGGCGAUCGCGGGAGGGGCGCUGAAGACGAACAUCACGACGCUGGGGCCGCUGGUGCUGCCGGUGAGCGAGCAGCUGCUGUUCUUCGCGACGCUGGUGAUGAGGAAGGUGUUUGGGAUGAAGACUGUGAAGCCUUACAUACCCGAUUUCAAGAUGGCGUUCGAGCACUUCUGCAUCCACGCGGGGGGGAGGGCGGUGAUCGAUGAGCUGGAGGCGAACCUGCAGCUGUUGCCGGUGGAUGUGGAGGCGUCGAGGAUGACGCUGCACAGGUUUGGGAACACGUCGUCCAGCUCGAUUUGGUACGAGCUGGCGUACGUGGAGGCGAAGGGGCGCAUGAGGAAGGGGAACAGGGUGUGGCAGAUUGCAUUUGGGAGUGGAUUCAAGUGCAAUAGUGCUGUGUGGGUUGCGCUUAAGAAUGUUAAGCCACCCAAAGAUGGGCCUUGGGAGGAUUGCAUACAUGACUAUCCACUCAAACUCAAUUGAUCCAUCCAUCCAUGCAUGUUUGGUUCAAUACUAGCUAAUCCUACUACUGUAUUUGAUUUUCAUUAUGUUCACUUAAUUACAGCUUUCUUUCUUGUGUU